AUGUCCUUUGAUCGAUAUGUUGCCAUCUGCAAACCCUUACGUUAUACAACUAUCAUGACCUUCAAACUUCAGGUUCAUAUUGUCAACGUAUGUUGGGUUCUGGGAUGUCUACUAGUUUUUCUUAUCUAUAUUUUCUUAACCAAGCUGGAUUUCUGUGACUCCAACAUCAUUGACUAUUUUUACUGUGAUAUAGCUCCAGUUGCAGAUAUCGCUUGCUCUGAUACGACAGUUGUAGAAUUAGUGACCUCUAUGACGUCUACUCCUCUUGUUCUGUCUCCAUUUGCAUUUAUCAUUGGCACCUACGUAUCCAUUGUUCUCACCAUUCUCAAAAUUCAGUCAACAAGUGGGAGACACAAAGCCUUUUCUACCUGUAGCUCUCACCUGACUGUAGUAUGUAUGUACUAUGGCACUUUAGCAGUAAAUUAUACAUUUCCACGCAGUGAUCACUCUGUGAAUAUUAACAAGGGUCUUUCCUUGAUGUACAUGGUGGUAACCCCAUUCUUCAACCCAAUUGUCUACAGCUUGAGAAAUCGGGACAUCAGAAGAGCCAUAGAGAACACUUUCUUGGGAAUUCGGGGCAUUAUAUUUUUUCAGUAA